AUGGCCAGAGGUGGUCGUGGCGGCGGCAGUCGCAAUCCAGCCAAUCAGCCAAGAGAAGUGCAGGUUUCGAAGAAGAUAAGCUGGUUACUCAGACAUGGGGCUGACAAGGAGGGACUGAAAUUGGGACAGGGCGGCUAUGUCAAUGUUCAAGAUGCGCUCAACACCAAGGCCCUCCAGAGCCUCAAAGUCACUUUUGCAGAAGUCCGCGACGCAGUCGCAAACAACGAGAAACAGCGCUUCUCCAUGAUCCCAGCAUUGUCACUCGACAAAGAAUCGUCUGAAGCGCCUACAUCCGAACAACUUCAAAGCACACAAGAAUCAGACGAUCCAGCAGACUACCUCAUCCGCGCAAACCAAGGUCACUCCAUCAAAGUCGACAACGAAGGCCUCCUCGUCCCCAUCUCCACUGAAGCCGGAAACGUCCCAGACGUCGUUGUCCAUGGCACUGAUGAGCGCGCCUGGAACCUGAUCCUCAAGAGCGGCGGUCUGCGUCCCAUGGGGAGAAACCACAUCCACUUUGCCUCUGGACUACCCGCUGGCUUCAAAUCCCUCGACUCCACAUCUGCAUCUGCGGACGCUGCGCCCGUCAUAUCUGGUAUGCGCAAGAGUUCGACGAUUCUGGUCUACGUUGAUAUCGGUGCUGCGCUUGCUGCUGGUAUCAAGUUUUUCAUCUCGGAGAAUGGGGUUAUUUUGACGGAGGGGAAUGAGCAGGGGGUUUUGCCGUAUACUUUCUUCAAGCACGUGGAGAGCAGGAAGAAGGAUGGUGGCGUGUUGAUGAGUGAUGGGGAGUUGCCUGAUGGCGUCACUGUUGAUGUUGAAGAGUGGCAGAAGGAAGUUGGGCAAGGGCAGAAAGGUAGAGGGGGUGGCGGAAGAGGUGGCCGAGGUGGUCGGGGUGGCGGUGGAAGAGGAGGUAAAGCGAGAGCAGUGGACGAUCCAAGAGACACGAUGGACAAUGUAUAG